GAAGCUUGGGCGGGAAAUCUCUUUCCACGUCUGAUUGGCUCGUCCCGGUGAGUGACUCCUGGUUCCCAAUCCAAGAUGGCGGCAUCCAUGGCACGGUUCUUGCGGCCUUUACUGGCUCGCCAGGGCCUCCGGUCCCGAGGACGCUACGUGUGUAACCAGAACCCAAGGAGAAGCUUCGCUACACAGAAACGAGUUCGGAACCUCCUGUACGAACACGCACGUGAGGGCUACAGCCAGCUUCCUCACUUGGACAUGGAGUCACUGUGCGCAUGCCCAGAAGCAACCGCGCGUGCCCUGGAACUCCGCAAGGGGGAGCUGCGGCCGGCCGACCUGCCUGCGAUUAUCUCCACGUGGCAGGAGUUAAGGCAGCUGCGGGAGCAGAUCCAGAGCCUGGAGGCAGAGAAGGAGGCUGUGGCGAAGGCAGUGCGAGCCCUGCUGGCAAACCAAGACAAUGAGCAAGUGCAGAAGGACCCUCAAUAUCAGGGCCUCCGGGCCCAUGGCCGGGAGAUCCGGAAGCAGCUCACACCGCUGUACCCCAGAGAGACCCAGCUGGAGGAGCAGUUCUAUCUGCAGGCACUGAGGCUGCCCAACCAGACCCACCCAGACACGCCUGUUGGGGAUGAGAGCCAGGCUAGAGUGCUCCGCGUGGUGGGAGACAAGCCAGUUUUCUCCUUCCGACCCCGAGGCCACCUGGAAAUUGGCGAGAAACUCGACAUUAUCCGGCAGAAGCGCCUGUCUCACGUGUCUGGCCACCGGUCCUAUUACCUGCGCGGAGCUGGGGCCCUCUUACAGCAUGGCCUGGUCAACUUUACCCUCAGCAAGCUUAUCAGCAGGGUAUGGCCUACCUGAGGACUGCCUGGACAGGGUGCCAUUGGUACCAAGCUUAGAGGGAUUAAGGAUGUUCAAGGGGGCUAGGA